GCGUCUCAGUAGAGGAAGAACUGCAGGUUGUUGAGUGAUGUGGUAUCCGCCUUUCUUUCACAUACCAAACAUACUCCCUAAAUACCCGCUUUAGCCCUCCUCAACAAUCAUCUUUUAUAAUGAAUAUAUUAUAAGGCCGACGUCCCAGCGGUUCAUGGUUUCCUCUCUGUCAGUGUUAGUUUGGUCUGGAGAUUUCCUUUGAAUGGGUUGAACUCAAGACACUUUCUACUUUGAUUUGGGCACAUAAAGAACAUUAUUAAAGGUGGUGCACAGACCCCUUUUGUAUUAAAACUUUGUGCCUGUAUAACAAAACGAAGACAGCAGCACCCAAAAUGCCACUUGGAUUGGGACGCAGAAAGAAGGCAUCUCCACUGGUGGAGAAUGAGGAGGCCGAGCCCAUCCGGGCCGGACUGAACGUCCCAGGGUCCGGUGGCCUGGAUGGUGGCAGGGUCAGCUUGGGUGAAGGAGCUGCCCAUGAGGGCCUACCACCUCCACCCACCAGCCUGCGACCUCGCCUGAUCUUCCACACCCAGCUGGCUCACGGCAGCCCCACGGGCCGCAUCGAGGGCUUCAGCAAUGUGCGUGAGCUAUAUGCCAAGAUAGGAGAGGCCUUUGGGAUUCCUCCAACAGAGGUGAUGUUUUGCACACUGAAUACUCACAAAGUGGACAUGGACAAACUUUUGGGUGGCCAGAUCGGACUGGAGGACUUUAUAUUUGCUCACGUGAAGGGCCAGAGGAAAGAGGUGGAUGUUUUUAAAGGAGAGGAUGCACUGGGGCUCACCAUCACUGAUAAUGGAGCUGGCUAUGCUUUCAUUAAGAGAAUAAGAGAAGGCAGUAUUAUUCAUCAGAUCCAGGUCAUCAACGUGGGUGACAUGAUCGAGUCAAUCAACGGACAGACACUCAUUGGCUGCCGCCAUUAUGAGGUUGCCAAGAUGCUGAAGGAACUGCCCAAAGGGAAGACAUUUGUCCUGAAGCUGGUGGAGCCUUUGAAGGCAUUUGACAUGAUCAGUCAGCGGUCAGGAAGCAAGUCAGGCUCUGCACAGUUAGGAACGGGCAGAGGAACUCUGCGUCUGAGGUCUAAAGGGCCGGCCACCGUAGAGGAACUGCCGUCAGCAUUUGAAGAAAAAGCUAUCGAGAAAGUUGAUGAUCUGUUGGAGAGCUACAUGGGCAUUAGAGACAGUGAACUUGCUGCCACGAUGGUUGAGCUCGGCAAGGACAAAAAGAACCCGGAUGAGUUUGCUGAAGCUUUGGACGAGACUCUGGGUGAUUUUGCAUUUCCAGAUGAGUUUGUGUUCGAUGUGUGGGGUGCCAUAGGCGACGCAAAGGUCGGUCGCGUGUAACUCUAGAAAUGGCUAAAAUAGUAAUUCUAAAAAAAAAACACUGCUUUAGGAACACUAUUGAGUUUUAUUUUUGUUGGUUUUGGGAACAUAUGCUGGGAUGCUUUUAAGAACGCUUGAAAAAGACUUGCAGGCCUCUAACUCCACUUUUUUUUUUAAGAUGCAGGUGUUAUCAAAACACUAUGUUGAAUGCAUUUAAAAAUUGUAUUCAGAUUUGACUAGAUUGAGCCUAAUCACUUAUAUGAAAUGUCUUAUUUAGUAGGAUAUUAAGCAAAAGAUGCUGAGACUCAUUGAAUUUGCAAGGUAUUUACUCCAGGGCCCGUGUUUGGUACCCCUGUGAGGUUACUCUGUUACAUACUGUGACUUUCACUUGCACUGUGUUGCCCAACGCUGUAUAAAUUGCACGGUAAGACACAGAACACGCAGUGCAGAGAUCGAGGCAAUGCUGGUUUGCUCUGAAGUGACCUCUGCGGUGUGGAUCUGACCCGUCCCAUGGCAAAAUCAUGGACCAUUUGUCUUAUCAACACUAUAAUGAUUCCAUAAAGCAUGUGCUGUCUUGUUAUGUACUCUUGUUCUGUAUUAUACAAAGGAUUUCGAGUGGCUUUGAAGUUGUUGCAAUGAACCGUUUCUAAAUGACCUCUAGUGCUUUACACUUCCAGUUCUGUGGCUUAGCUCUUAUUUUAAAAGAGUAAAGAAAGUGGGGAAAAAAAUAAACCAUCCGUUUUCAUUUUAAUAGUGUUGCAAACUACCACAAAAUGCCAAACAUAAGGAAAUCUUUUUCUUUUUUAUCAGUCAAAUCAGUAUUAAGAAAUGUCUUGAAGUAUUACAGAUAGUGUUUCACCUGUUACAGUAUUUAUCCUUUAUAGGAGUAGCGGAGGAAGAAUGAAGGGCUUAAAAGUUGGGCUGGGCGAUAGGGUAGUUUCAAACAAACCAUAACUGAAGUGAAACAGAUUCAGAAAACCAUGUUGUCUGUCUAUGUAUUAGUGUAUCUUUGAAUAUUUGAUACAUAUUGCCCAGCCCUACUAGUAAGUGGAUAUUAAAGCACUGAUUGGACGAUAUACAGUAGAUGGUAUUGAUUGUAUGCUGUUGAUUUGAGUGUAUAUAGUGU